CCGCCACGCACCCUCCGCGCGCCGCCCCGGGGCCCGGCGGGCACAGCGAGGCAGAUGAAGUACAUCCUGGUCACGGGCGGGGUGAUCUCGGGCAUCGGCAAGGGGAUCAUCGCCAGCAGCAUCGGCACCAUCCUCAAGUCCUGCGGGCUGCAUGUCACCUCCAUCAAGAUCGACCCCUACAUCAACAUUGACGCUGGCACCUUCUCCCCAUACGAGCACGGGGAGGUGUUUGUGCUAGAUGAUGGCGGGGAAGUGGACCUGGACCUUGGUAACUAUGAGCGCUUCCUCGAUAUCCGACUCACCAAAGACAACAAUCUGACUACUGGGAAGAUCUACCAGUAUGUCAUCAACAAGGAGAGGAAGGGAGACUAUCUUGGCAAAACUGUCCAAGUUGUUCCCCACAUCACAGAUGCUAUACAAGAAUGGGUAAUGAGGCAGGCACGAAUUCCUGUAGAUGAAGAUGGCAUUGAACCCCAAGUUUGUGUGAUUGAGCUUGGUGGGACAGUAGGUGAUAUUGAAAGCAUGCCUUUCAUUGAAGCUUUCCGCCAGUUCCAGUUCAAAGCCAAAAGAGAGAAUUUUUGUAACAUUCAUGUCAGUCUAGUUCCCCAGCCAAGCUCUACAGGAGAGCAGAAGACUAAACCUACCCAAAACAGUGUUCGUGAACUCAGAGGUCUUGGUCUCUCACCAGAUCUGAUUGUUUGCAGGUGCUCCACUCCAUUGGAUACCUCAGUAAAAGAAAAGAUUUCCAUGUUCUGUCAUGUUGAACCAGAACAGGUCAUCUGUGUUCAUGAUGUCUCUUCUAUCUACCGGGUUCCUCUGUUGUUAGAGGAGCAGGGAGUUGUUGACUACUUCAGACACAGGCUUGACCUUCCCAUUGAGAGGCAGCCCAGGAGGAUGCUCAUGAAGUGGAAGGAAAUGGCUGACAGGUAUGACCGUCUCCUUGAAACAUGUUCCAUUGCGCUUGUUGGCAAAUACACCAAGUUUUCAGAUUCUUAUGCAUCUGUCAUUAAAGCACUGGAGCAUUCUGCACUGGCUAUCAACCACAAACUUGACAUUAAGUAUAUUGACUCUGCUGACUUGGAGCCAGAUACUCUGCAGGAAGAACCUGUCCGAUACCAUGAAGCAUGGCAGAAGCUGUGUGGUGCUGACGGAGUUCUGGUUCCUGGUGGAUUUGGUGUUCGAGGGACAGAAGGCAAAAUUCAAGCUAUUUCCUGGGCAAGAAAACAGAAAUUGCCUUCUGCAGGAGUUUGUUUGGGAAUGCAGUUAGCAGUUGUGGAGUUUGCACGCAGUGUUCUUGGUUGGCAAGAUGCUAACUCGACAGAAUUUGACCCCAAAACUGCUCAUCCAGUGGUCAUAGACAUGCCGGAACAUAAUCCUGGGCAAAUGGGUGGGACCAUGAGGCUUGGCAAGAGAAGGACACUCUUCCAAACCAAGAAUUCAAUUAUGAGGAAGCUGUAUGGAGAUCAUGAUUUCGUGGAAGAGAGACAUAGACACAGAUUUGAGGUCAAUCCAGAAUUGAAAAAGUGUUUUGAAGAGCAAGGUUUGAAGUUUGUAGGCCAGGAUGAGGAGGGAGAGCGAAUGGAAGUGAUUGAGUUGGAAGAGCAUCCUUUCUUCGUUGGUGUUCAGUAUCACCCUGAAUUCCUCUCUAGACCAAUUAAGCCAUCUCCCCCAUACUUCGGCCUCCUCUUGGCAUCUGCAGGAAGACUCACGCAUUAUCUACAAAAGGGCUGCAGGCUCUCACCCAGGGACACCUACAGCGACAGAAGCGGCAGCAGCUCGCCUGACUUGGAGAUAACAGAGCUGAAGUUUCCAUCAGUAAAUCAUGACUGAUUCCUGAUGUGUCUUCACUGAAGAGAAGAGUCUUCAUUAGAUUUUCCAGGCAUUCUUACAGCAAUAGCUUGAACACUGUCAGCUUUGGGCUUUCUUAAGUUAUGGUUUUAUAAUUUUCGUUAUGAAAUCCUGUCCCUUUAUUUCCUCAACUCUCCUGUCCUUUGUUUAUUUUCUGUGUAGAUUCUGUUUAUUUCUGGAGGAGAGCUCAUCACAGCACAUCCACCUCUAGACUUUCUUCAAUUAGCACUGUCUUGGAGAUAAAAAGCAAAUUCGGGUAUGGGAUUUGAUGUGUUGGGGAGAAUCCAGCUGCACACUUCCUUCCUAAUGCAUGGUAACGCUGGCAUGAGUUUCUAUCUUGGACACUGACAGUUGAGUUGCUUUCUCCAGCCUUUCUGCUCCCUCAGCAGUCUUUAUUACUUACUGGUGAAAUUACGUGGAUGACACUAGAUUUUGGGGGCUCGCUCAGUUCUUGAGCUGUGCUGUGCUGCGGAGGAUGGGUCUGUUCAGCUUUAUGC